AUGGGAAUCAAAGGAAUUUACCGUGAACUUGGCCCCGGCAAGAGAAUUUCUCUUGCCAAAUUGGCCACGGAGAAACUUGAAAACACAAACCGACCGUUGCGGAUUGCCAUUGAUAUUGCCAUCUGGCAAUUCCAGACACAAGCCGCACGAGGUGGAACAAAUCCUGCAAUAAGGACUCUAUUUUAUCGCUUGGUACGACUACUAAAUCUUGGUAUACACCCCAUUUUCGUCUUUGAUGGCCCUCAUAAGCCGGCUUUCAAGCGCAAUAAGCGCUCCGGUAAAGGCGAUGGCGUUGCAAUAGCCAUGGCCAAGAGACUCAUUCGCCUUUUCGGAUUCCCAGUCCAUGACGCACCGGGGGAGGCAGAAGCCGAGUGCGCUCUUUUGCAGCAACAGAACAUUGUCGACGCAGUUUUGAGCGAGGAUGUCGACACAAUCAUGUUUGGCUGUACUCGAACUCUUCGGAAUUGGACAGCAGAGGGGACUCGCGGCUCCAAGACGCCCACCCACGUCAGCAUGUACGAAGUCAACGAUGCGUCGUCUGCCGAAACGGGCCUGGAUCGAGAGGGCAUGGUGUUAGUUGCACUGAUGAGUGGAGGCGACUACAUACCGGAGGGUGUACCAGGAUGCGGUCCCAAAGUGGCAUGCGAGGCGGCGAAAGCUGGGUUCGGCAAGUCGAUAUGCCGCUUAAAGAUCGAAGACGAUGCCCAAUUUGACGAGUGGAGGAUGUCGUUACGACACGAACUGCGUACCAACGAGAGUGGCUUCUUCAGAGUAAAGCAUAAGGCUUUGUCCAUACCGGACGAGUUUCCGGAUCGUCAAGUGCUGAGGUACUAUACACACCCGGUUGUCUCAAGUGUCACUACUAUCAACAGGCUGAAGGCGGGCCUCAAUUGGAGUGGCCCGAUAGAUGUGCAAGGCCUCCGGUACUUUGCCGAGGAGACGCUUGACUGGGUGAACAAGAUCGGUGCCAUCAAACUCACACGAGUCCUGUCACCUGGGUUACUCGUCCACAACUUACUGGAGAGGCACCUUUCCGACCAAGCAAGCUACCAGACGACAGCGGAGAUGGAAAAUGUAGAAUCGAAACUGAUCAAUCGUAUCACUGGGACACGAAGCCAUCACAGCACCGAUGGCAUUCAAGAGUUGCGCGUAGCACACAUUCCGACCGAAAUAGUCGGCCUCGACCUUUCACAAGAGCUAGACGAAGCCGAAGAAGUGCCCUUUGAUCGCCAGGGCCUCGGGCUCAAUAGCGAUGAGGAGUUCGAAGCUGCCAUCGACGGCGAGGGAGUGCCGGCGAGCAGUCAGGUCGCGCCAAAAAGCACAUUCGACCCGUAUGCUGCCCAGCUGAUCUGGCUGCCCGAGUCGCUCGUCAAGCUCGGCGCGCCUCUGACUGUUGAAGACUGGGAAGAGAAGCAGCGCUCCAAGGCGACUUCCAAGGCGUCUACAAAGCCCAAGAGCACCAGCAGUAAGGGCGUCGGUAAAAGGAAGCCUACCAAAGCCGUCCCAGCCGAAGCCGGUGCUCUCGACAGGUGGAUGCAAAUCACAAAGGGCACCACAAAACAAUCGGCAAAGACUGGCGGCGCAACAUCGCAACACCGGGUAGACGACGAAGACGUCCUGCCGCCACACCUUCCCCGACCAUCUAUGAUUAGGCCUGAUCCAUCAAAGAUCACGGCAACGUCGUUUCCAGCAUCCUCCUCCUUUCCGUCGCAACGACCGACCCCCUUGCCGAGACCAACCAACCGAAGUAAGCAAUCCAGGCCCAACGGGAAAGUGUCUGCCACGGCGGAACCGACCGCGCACAGUGGUAACCCCUGGGCAUACGCUGGCUCACAACAUAUGCCUAGGAUCACCAAGCCUCGGCAGCCCACAGAGCCGAUUCUUCUGUCAUCUAGCCCCGUGCGCGCUUCGCCUGCGCCUGCUUGUUCGUCGUUGAAACCACCACUGAGCCUGCUGAGCCCGCUGAGGCGCCCAUCGAGUCCACCACCGAGUCCACCGCUAUCACCUCAGCAGCGCAUCUUCAUCGACCUGUCAGAUGAAGAUGAAUAUUCCUUCGUCAAGCCCGAGCCCAUCCGGGCAAUGAGAAGGCCCAACCCGCCUACCACGUCUACAGCAGCACCUCGUCAUCGUCCCUCCCAAAGUCCCGGAAAACAUCGGCCGUCGACAAGAGGUUCGUCACCAGUACUACCCACCACGCCGUCAAAGAGCCAGCGGGUUUUACAGCAAACCCGUAUGGAUUCAUUUGUGACUGCUGGCACGACCGCGCGGUCAAUGGAACAGGAUAUCAUCCACGACAAACAGCCGAGGAGGAUCCAGAACGACGUCCGCCCCGAAAUGUCCAUCGCCGUCAGCAAGACUGCCAAUCUCAAGCCCGUUGGGUCCAACGAUUCUCCUGCUGCUGGCUUCCAUGGAUUCCGAACCACCAAAGUCACGGCUUCCUCCUGGCUAGAAUCAGACGAUGCGUUUGCCCCAAAACCCACAGCAAAAGCUGCCUCGGGAAAGGCCAGGAGAAAGGUCAUGGUUCCGCGGACGAGCGUCAACGGAUUUUUCCGGGUGGUCGAAGUGAGCGACGAAGAGUGGCUAGCCGGAACGAAGGCGACGACGGCAUCGGAGCGCUUGACAAAGGGCGGUGAUGGAUGGAGACAGAGCGAAGUUUCCAUCAUAGAUCUCACAGGAGACGAUGAAUAA